ACCAAGGUCCCACGAUGCGUAUAAAUGAGGUCAUACAGUCCCUUGAUCUCCACAGUUGGACGAUCGUAGUGGACAUUGUGUGGCUACAUUGUGAUUCUGCACCUGAAUUUAGCUGCUGCUGUGCUCCCUCUGCUGCUGAAUUUACUGCUGUAGUCAGAGAGCUUAAAAUACUUGUGGUUGUUUAGUGGACCGAGGCGAUGAAAAUGUCGACACUGGCGUUCUGUGCGGUACUGCUGUUGUUCCUAGAGCUACUGGGUCUCCCAGUUGCUUUCUGCGGCACCUUGGCUCUAAGCGGGUACAAUGAACAGUGGAUGGCCGGACAUGCCACAUGGUACGGGGAACCUCUUGGUGAAGGAUCCAGUGGUGGCGCUUGUGGCUACACAAAGCUUGCGGAUACACCAUAUGGACCCAAAAUUGCAGCGGGAAACGAUCCAAUUUUCCAAGGAGGUAGCGGAUGCGGCGCAUGCUUCGAGGUGAAGUGCAACUAUCCAUCUUGCAAGUCCGAGCCAACCCGGAUUAUCAUCACAGACCAAUGUCCUGGAGGAACUUACUGCAGCACAUCUCAGCCUGCAUUCGACCUGAGUGGCGCUGCUAUCAGCGACAUGGCUGUUUCGGGUAAGGACGGAGAACUGCGCAACAUUGGGUUAUACGACAUCCUGUACAAGAGAGUGCCAUGCGAGUACCCGAAUCAGAAUAUUGCCUUCCAGGUCGACGCAGGCUCAUCUGCUUUCUGGUUGUCGCUCCUGGUGAAGUAUAUGGGAGGGCCUGGCGAUAUUGAAAGUGUCGAAAUUCGUACAACGGGGAGCUCAUCUUUCCAACCAGCAAAGCACAACUGGGGUGCCAGCUGGAUGCUCAUCAACACGUCCGGCCAGCCAUUCAAAGGCCCUUACGACGUCAAGAUUGUGUCCAAGUUAAACGGUCAUACUGUCAUCGCCGAGAAAGCGAUUCCUGAGUUUUUUGAACCAGGGAAGCUUUACGAGAGCAACGUGCAGAUGGCGUACUAGGAUUGUACGAUUUGUGCCGACCUUCCUUGCACGUUCUGGUACAUGUAGCAUGGGGACCUAUCUACUACAACUUUGGCUUCAAAAGUGAACAAUGGUACCAUCAUACCAACUCCGUGCACACCGUAUUGAAUUUUAGGAGUCAUGAGGUGACUAUAAUAGAAUUCUCCUCAUAUGACGCUUUCGAAUGUUAAUGUGCAUUGAGAACUUCGUUCCUGCGAGGCUCACAAACUUUGUGCUUGAACGUGAAGUAUAGAUCCAGUUGCCUGGCUGGUGUAAAUUUAUAUAUUACCAAAUCAAUAUUAGCGGGCACACAUGAGAACGGUUUUCUUACCUACCUUCAUGUGAAGCUUCCACUUUAAAUUGGA